AUGAUGUGUUCAUUGCGCCACAGUAGCAGACGGCAGUAUGUCGAGCAAACAAUUCGUGAAGAAAGUUUGCAGAGUCCAUCAACGGACCAAGGCAACGUCGAAUCGACGGUCCGUAUGGAUGAAGAGAGCGGAGACAACUUUGUCAAUUUGCUGCCGACUCUAAAGCGGUAUCUGGACGGCCUUUGCAGGACCAUUGAGAAUAUUUCAAGAGGGGCGCAUCGUUACUACUUGAAAGACAACGCAAGGAUCCAAGUUAUCUCCUUUCUUCUCGAUAAUGGACCACUUCUCAAUAUUUUGGCUGAAGUCAACCCAACUGUUGAAGGCAUUUUUAACCGUCUAAGAGCUUGCAUUGGCCACAUUGGUUACCUGAACAGAACCUUAUGUGCUUAUGAUAAAUUCGUGGCGAAACUAGAAAUUGGUCAGAGGACUAUACUGUCUGCUUCGUCUACCUUCCACGCCAAGAAGGCUUUCCAGAUGUUUUAUCUCAAAUAUGUUCGCCAGAUUCAAGCUAUUGCUCCAUAUCAUGAGUCGGCACGGUUUGCUAUACGUGCUUGUCGUCGACUGAGGAGAGAAUGGAUUGACAAUGCGCUCAACGAGGGCAUAAGGCCUGAGGUGUUGGAGUCUUGCAGUAUUUGA